GUGUGACACAGCGUCGAGUGCCCAUUCACCCGCGCUUUUCAGACUCUGGCGUUUCCCUCGGAAGAGGCUGUUUUCGGGAGAGGUUGCUCAGUGGUUGUAUCUAGCUGGAGACGUGCCUCCUCGAAUGUUGAAAUGCCAGUUAAAAGAUCACUGAAAUUGGAUGGCCUGUUAAAAGCAAAUUCAUUUGAUUCUCCAAAAAUCACAAGGAAAAAAAGUAUUACAUCCUAUUCUCCAACAACUGGAACUUGUCAAAUGAGCCCAUUUGCUUCUCCCACAAGCUUUAAAGAACAAGAGCACAAAAAUGGACCAUCAAAUGGAAGGAGGAAAACAUGUAUAACCAAAAGAAAGGAAUCUACUACACAAGACAAUGAUGAAUUCAUGGUGUUGCUAUCUAAAGUUGAGAAGUCAUCAGAAGAAAUCAUAGAAGUAAUGCAAAAUUUAAGUAGUAUACAGGCUUUGGAGGGCAGUAGAGAACUGGAAAAUCUCAUUGGUAUCUCCCGUGCAUCAUGUGUCUUGAAAAGAGAAAUGCAGAAAACAAAAGAACUAAUGACAAAAGUAACAAAACAGAAACUAUUUGAAAAGAAGAGUUCAGGACUUCCCAAGGAAGAAUUGUGUCAUCUUGACAGCUAUGAAUUCCUUAAGACCAUUUUAAACUGAGGCAUUUAGAAGCAAUGCACUCCCUAUGAACGCCAACUUCUGUAUCUGCCUGAUCGUAUUUAAAGGAACAGAAGAAAUGUUUGUAAUUAAUCUGCCCAGUAAAUACCAGAUCAUAGCACUAGGCAGGUGCGUAUCUAGAUGAAAUUUCUUGCAGCUAAUUUAAACUUUCUACACACACCAGUAGAUAAUCUCAAUGUAAAUAAUACAUUUCUUCUUGACCCUUUCAAGUAAGCCAACAUGUAGAAGAGGAUCUUGACUUAUAUACUGUAUCACGUGUACUUCUGUAUACUUUUAGCAUUUGUGGAUAGAUUUAAUAAAGCAUUUAUGAAAAUGGCAUCUUUGGUAGAGCUGUAUAUUUUAAAACUCAGAUUAAAUCUAAUGGUGAGUGGAAUUGGGUACCAGUUUUCCCAUUUAAAACCCCAGAUGUAUAUUAGUCAGAUUCUUUUAAAAACUUUAAAAAUUUAUCUAGAAGUUUAUUGUGUAGCCAUUAUCUUAAGGGUGAGUUUUUAUUAUAUUCUAGUUAGUCCAAUGCUUAUAGAGAAAAAUAUUUUCAAAGUUUAAAAACUUUAACAUCUCAUUUUAUAAAAUAUUGGAAUACACUUUUCAGUAUAGACAUUUAAGUAUGAAGUUGUUUUUACUGAACUACACAGACUCUACUGAAUUUAAAGAAAAGACCUAUCUUAUGGGGCAGUGUGUGACCCCCUUCAAAGUAUGCUGAAGCACUGUUUUAAAUUUAUUAUCUAUGAGGUUGUUAUGUAUCAUCAUCUGUGAAGAGGGAAUCACAGAAUGUGUUAAAACUUAAUGUGUUUUUUAAAAUUUCUAGACUUUUCUUUAAAUUUCUAGACUUUUCUUUGGCCAUUUACACAAGGAAAAAAAUGCUGUUCCUUUGGUACUUGCCCUGACUCUUGACAAAAUUUGUGUAGAAUAUUACUGUCACUUAAUUCACUGUAUCAUGAAAAUAAAAACACUAUAUGAAAAUCUGAAAACAAAAUUUAACAAAUUAAGUUUGAAAGUAACUAAUUUUCCAUUUAGGGAAAUUUCAGAUUCACCUUUUAAAAUGAAAAUUAUUUUUUAAAAGCUAAUUGAAAUGAUACUAAACAGUAACCCAAUUAAUUAACCUAAUUGCCCUCACUAAUGAUUUUAUUGGUACUAUUUAAAUAAGAUUUUUAAGAGGACCUGCUAAAUAUUAAGAAUACUUUGUGAUGCAGUCCUCAUAAUAGGAUGUUACCUAAUAUACCAAAAAAGGAUAAUUCCUUUGUGUUCCAGCACUGAAAACUAACCUUAGAAUGUAAGGCAAAACAUAUAAAAAAGCUUCCAUUAGUCAGGAAACACAGGGUUAAGAAGUAGAUUGGUUUCAUACAUAAUCCAAGUUAUUUAGGUAUGUGCUUAAUGCUAUUAAGUCAGUUACUGUAUAUUUGACCUCUUGGUAUACUAAGCUUUUGUCUUUCAGAACAGCUGGGUCUGCUAAGAAUCAUUUCCCAGUUCUCUUCAUUGUAGAUCAGAUGAUUCUCGCUUUAUCACCCUUGGAGGCCACAUGAAGGACAAAGCAGAAAGAUCCACACACAAAACUAAUGUUUAUAUGGGGGGAGGGGGGAACAGAAGGCAGUGGAUACACUUGGCCCUGAUCUUCCAAUGAACAUAACAGAGGAGAGACCAAUUGAGACUUAAAACCAUUGUGUUACUCCAGCCAUUAUUUAGUUACAUCCUAUCCAUCUCUUACUCUCCUUCUAUUGAACAGAGAGGCUGCCCUGACUUUUGUAAAUGUUUCAGUCACUUAGUUGUGGUUUAUCAUUUGGACAGAAUGCUACAUCGGGGAUUUUUCUCCCCUCCCUAAGGCUUGAAGGGAAAAUGACUUCUGUUGCUUCAUAUUUGAUACAUGAACAUACACCCUAUUCUUUUCAUUUUAAGAAGCAAAGCUAAGUUGAUUGGCAACAGAGAAAACUGCACUUUUCAGAAACAGCUCUUCCCUCUAAAAUGAACUUGAAAAUAACUUAGAAGAGUUCAUUUUUUGACAGGUAUAUUUUAGUGAAGAAAGUGAGAAUUCUUUAAUAUUUUUGUGUUAAGCUAAAUAUCUUUAAAUUAAAAUAUCCCUGUAAUCCUGAAUGUAGCUAAGAGAAAUGCUUUGGAAUUGCCUAUUUCUGUGAUCUUAAUUCAUCACUAAACAUUUUUGGUAUUUUGGUACCUCAUCCCUCAAAGUUCACAGUGGGCUCUUCUUAAACUGGUUUUCAAUAUAUAUGAGAUACUUGACUUUAAGAUAAUUGCUACAAGUCUCUGUUAAAGCUACAGUGUAACUCAGUAUGAUUAGAUUAAAUCAUCUGGAAAUGUAUUUUUAUUUAGAAUUUUAUCUAUAAGAUACCUUGAUUAUGGGUGCAUUCUAUUUUACUGUUUAUUUAAUACUUUCAUUUUCAAAUAAUGUUUCUUUAUUCCAACUAUUUAAAGGUUAGAACUUCCUCAUCAGUGAUUUAAAUCAACAUCUUGUAUUAAGUGCAAGUAUGUGAUUACAAAAAAUAAAAAAAAGACUACACCAGCCAGCCAAGAUGCUGACAUCUGGGCACAGUGAUUACAGAUGGUGACCAUGGACAGCGAUGUUCCUGCUGAUUCGGCAGCCAUUCAAGGCUGCUUUUCUGUGCUGACCUGCCCUUUGAGUCUUUAUGCACAUUUGCUUUGAGAAAGAAAUACUUCUUGAUUUUUUUGCUCUGUCUAAACCGACUUCCUUUAUCAGACUUAAAAAUAUAUUCCUUGUUGCAUCAGCCUGUGGCUUUCCAUGUCUAAAACCAAAUUUUCUUUAUGCGUAUAUAUGUGUUUGGCUUACAUUAUUUUAAAAUAAACCACCACUUAGUUAUUA